GGACCAGGCUCUUGUCUCACCAACACAUCGCAUACAUACGACCAACACCGUAGAGACACGACCGGGUCCUCUCACUUCCUUCUAGUCUCGGAUCGCUGCACCUGCACGCACCGCACUAGCAGCACGACAGCCCCUUUCGCAUCGGAUUCCUCAAAAGAGCCCCUUGCGCACCAGCAAUUCCUCGCAAGUUACAAGUAUUGCUAUACUUGCCGUCAACAGACUCACACCACCAUCACUCGCUGCUGGCCUGAUCCCACGUGCACGACCUGAUAGAUGGCAGCAGGAAAAACAAAGACGAGGCAAGCAGCGCGUGCGGACGCAGCACAGAAGGCACGUUCUCCACCCCCGUCCAUCCCUGUGCCCGCAACCCCUACUACUCCUGCCCCUACUAUCCCUGCAACCUCCACAACGGCAGCAUCAGCGAAGAAGAACAAGAGGAAGAAGGGCAAGGGAAAGCAGGUGGACCACAGCCCCGCAUCGCAUCCCUCGCAUACACACGGCGACUUUGACUUUGACGAUGGCGAUGGAGAACACGAGCACCUCGAGGUCGAGGAGUCGGAGAGCGAGCUGGACCUGCGCUACCCCGAGGACGCGACGUCACCCGGUUCGCGGCUCUCGCCGACGCUCGAGUCUGUGCAUAUCACCACGACUGCGCACCUGUCUGCCUCGGCGGCGGCGGCUGCGCGCUCGGGGCACAACAAUCCGGCGAGCCAGAUGCAGAACGAGCUGCUGGCGACGGCGAAUGAUCUGUACCGCAACAUCGAGAUCCAGCAUUCGCAUCAUCACCAUCACCAUCAUGUCAAUGUCAGUGGAACGCAUGGGCGGACAGCGGGUGCCCGUGUCCAGGGGCCGCUGCCGCCCCCGCCGAGUACGGCGAAGGGAGUGGCGGGUCAUGGGGUGGGGGUGACGGAUGAUGAGUACUGGGCGUCGUUUCCGCCGCAUAUCAAGAACUUCGCGCAGACUAUGUACAACAUCGCACAGCAGAUGGUCCAGUCGGACGCGCUGCUCAAGAACGGCACGCACGGCGGCAAGGGUGUGCCCGGCUACCCACCGGGUGCAUAUCCUCCUCUCCCAUUUGAUCCCUCGAUCUUCUCGGACCCGGCGUUCACCCUCUCGGUCGAGCAGGCGGCGGCGGCGGCGUUAGGGACGACUCCUCCCCCGCCGGGACAUCCCCCUCGUGGGCCGUUGCCGCCGACGAACGUGGUGAUGCUGGACGAGUACGGCGGGGAGGAGGCUGAGUAUCCCGAGGAUGAGUAUUUUACGGAGGAGGAGCUAGUGGACGGGGUGUAUGACGAUGAACGGCUGGAGGACGACGGGCGGCAGCACGGGGCGCGCCCGCCGCACCAUGGGUCUGUGUCGUAUCCGGCGUCGUUGGCGGGAUCGCUGCAGGAUGCGGUGGCGCAGGUGGUGCUAAGCUACGGGGAGUCGAUUGCGCGGGGGUCGCCGCCGCCUAUGGGUGUUCCGGUGCCGUCGCAGGGGUUAGGUAGUAAUAAGUCGCCGAACGGGACGGCGGGCGUCGGGGCCGGGGUGCCUCUGUCGCCGCCGGGGGAGGGGAUUGGUAAAAAGAAAAAGAAGAAAGACAGGAAGCGCGAGGCCGCUGCUGCCGCUGCUGCCGUUGCCGCCGCCGCCACGGCGGUAGGGGCGGGCGGAGGGGCGGGUGGCACGCCGGUUUCUCCGGUGACUCCGGUGUUGCCGAGCACGGCACCUGCCAGAAAUGGACAGCGAACAGCGCCGAUACCGGAGCCGGAGGCCGAAACGGGAGCCACCCAUCCCACGGGGACGGGCGAUUUGACAAAGCGUCCUCCUCCCACCGCCAACGCUCCCGCCAACGCCAACAAUAUGGCAAAUGCAAGGACACAGCCUAAAGAAAACGCUCAGGCCCAUCCCCAGCCUCCACCGCCAUCCUCGCGUGCAGCGGGCAAACAGCCCAUGUCCUAUGCCCAGCAGAAUCCGACACCACCGGCAGCAACCAACGCCAACGGCCAGCAGCCACCCAGGACCGCACGCGCCGCAUCCAAGGCCCCGAUGCCUGCUCACGCCUAUGGCCAUAAUCAUUCACAUCAUCAUCCAUCGCCACCAUCGUCCAAUGCAUCCGUCCCUCACAAAUCACGCCCACCCGCAUCAGCCGGGAGCACAAAGGGCACGCAGAGCAACUCCAAGAUCUGGAGCACGAGCACGACAGAGGAGCGCGAACGGAUCAAGGAGUUCUGGCUCGGCCUUGGCGAGGACGACCGGCGCGCGCUCGUCAAGAUCGAGAAGGACACCGUGCUGAAGAAGAUGAAGGAGCAGCAAAAGCACAGCUGCAGCUGCGCCGUCUGCGGCAGGAAGCGACAUGCGAUCGAAGAAGAACUUGAGCGCUACGUAUCAUCCGGUGGCACCAUCCCCCCACCGCCGGGUCCAGGGCCGUUCCCCGGGAGCGUCGAGCUCGACAAAAAUGGCGCUGUCAUCGGACAUCCGCACGGAGGUGGCGGUGGUGGUGGUGGCGGCGGCGGCAAGCAGCCGUCGCAUCAUCCGCCGCCGCGGGGGCCGAACGGGCGGACGACCACGACGACCGCGACGACGAAUGCGACCAAUCCGGCGGCGCUCGUCAACGGUCGCAGGCCGCCCAAGGUGCCGCAGCAGGAGAGCGAGUUCGAUGAUGACGAGGGGGAUGAGGAGGAGUAUGAUGAUGAAGAGGAGUAUGAGGAGGAGGAGGAAGAGGAAGAAGAGGAGGAGGAGGAGGAUGCUGUGGAUGAGGAGGAGGACGAGC